GAAGCGAAGAGGAAGAGCAGGUGGAGCCUCUCUCGUGACUGCCCUGCUGUCUGUCCCAGGACGCGCCGGCGCCCCGCCAGCUGCGGCCCGGGGCUCAGUGCCCACAGCCCUUUAGCAGGAGGUUUUGCGCCGCCCAAGGGCCAAAGGUGCGCGUGACUGUCGUCUAGGGUGUAAGGGGUGUGCAUCCGGCAGCCGAGGGCGCAGAACCGGGACGUCUUGCCCUCGGGGCCACUGCUCGCGCCUACUCCUUGUUGUCGCGAACGCCGUCCCCCGGCCCGCGAGGCGCCCCGCGGCCCGCGCGAUGAGUGCCAAUGAGGACCAGGAGAUGGAACUGGAGGCACUGCGUUCCAUAUAUGAAGGGGAUGAGAGCUUCCGGGAACUGAGUCCGGUUUCGUUCCAGUACAGGAUAGGUGAAAACGGUGAUCCCAAAGCCUUCUUAAUAGAGAUUUCCUGGACAGACACGUAUCCCCAGACGCCUCCGAUCAUAUCUAUGAACGCCUUUUUCAACAACACCAUAUCCUCGGCCGUGAAGCAGAGCAUCGUGGCCAAGCUGCAGGAGGCCGUGGAGGUGAACCUGGGCACCGCCAUGACCUACACGCUGUUCGAGUACGCCAAGGACCACCGCGAGCAGUUCAUGGAGCACCACCGCCCCGCCGUGCCCGCCCCGACAUCCAUAAGCAAUAUCAUCUCGGUUGAAACUCCUAAUGCAGCCCCGUCAAGCAAGAAAAAAGACAAAAGAGAACAACUUUCCAAAGCCCAGAAACGGAAGCUGGCCGAUAAAACAGAUCACAAAGGAGAACGCCCUCGAGGAUGGAACUGGGUGGACGUGGUGAAGCAUUUGAGCAAGACCGGCUCCAAAGACGACGAGUAGCGCUGGGGAUCGGAACCAGGGACGAGCGUCCGUUGGAAGGAGAGGGGGUUCACAGUCCACAGGGUUCGCAGUCCACGGGGUUCACGGUGUUUCGUCACCCGUUUCCCACCGUGAGGUGGCUUUUUAUAAAACAACUUUUUUGUAUGUUUCUUACAUAAAAAAAUGUUUUAAGCUGAAUGCUCAUGAAGAGAUUUGGUUGUAUUAAAUUAUUUUCACAAACUUGCCUUAAUAAAAGGUGAAAUGUU